AUGCGUCGUUCGCAGUUGAUUCCAGUUUGUCUUGAUGCGGCUCGGGGCAAAGAAAGCGUCCAAAUUGUCAGACCAAUCAUAACGGAGUGGGAGUAUUUGCGCGAGAAAUGAUGCGCUCGCCUCGCGCGCGCUGUCCCUCCCAGAAGCAUCAAAGCAGCAGCGAUCAGCGCACGAGCACAGCUCAGGCACCUGCAGGGUUCUAAUGGUCUGUGACCUCUGUAAUUGAGGAGCUAGCAACUAUGUGAUUGCCUCAUAUUCCAUCAUCUCAUUCUUGCGGCGUCCUUCCUCGUUUGCCACCUAAAACUUCCAAGCAAAUCCAAUGGUCUCCUUGUCGUUGGAUUCCGUUAUCCGGUACGCUCCAGUGAGGGGCACUGAUGACCCCUUUCGGUUAUUGUGCUCCGUCCCUGCUGGCUUCCCACCUUUGUAACUGCGUCCCCACUGCUGCUUGUGUGUCUGGAUCCACCUUAUGCCGCAAUGGUGAGUGCCUUUGAAUGGUAUGGCUGUCUUCUUCUGCUGACGGGGGUGGCCGGAUCCGUCAGCCAGCGUACGGAUCCACUGGUGCCCCCUGCUCCCGAAUAUGCCCACUCUAUACGACUGGAUGGUGAUAUCAUCCUGGGAGGUCUCUUCCCGGUGCAUGCUAGGGGUGAACGUGGCGCCCCUUGCGGGGAACUGAAGAAGGAGAAGGGUAUUCAUCGGCUGGAGGCCAUGCUCUUCGCCAUCGACCUCAUCAACAAAGACCCUGACCUGCUGCCCAACGUGACCCUGGGGGCACGUAUUUUGGACACUUGCUCGCGCGACACCUACGCCCUGGAACAGUCGCUUACUUUCGUGCAGGCGCUCAUCGAGCGUGAUUCUACUGAUGUGCGAUGCACUAGUGGCGAGCAGCCCAUCUUUGCCAAACCGGACAAGAUUAUUGGUGUGAUAGGCGCAGCUGCAAGCUCCGUCUCCAUCAUGGUGGCCAACAUCCUACGCCUAUUUAAGAUCCCUCAGAUCAGCUAUGCAUCCACAGCGCCAGAGCUGAGCGAUAACACCCGGUACGACUUUUUCUCCCGGGUUGUGCCACCUGACUCCUACCAGGCUCAGGCCAUGCUGGACAUUGUGACCGCCAUGGGCUGGAACUAUGUCUCCACGCUAGCGUCUGAGGGGAAUUAUGGGGAGAGCGGUGUGGAGGCUUUUGUCCAGAUCUCACGAGAAAGCGGCGGUGUGUGUAUUGCUCAAUCUCUGAAGAUCCCCAGAGAGCCCAGACUGGGAGAAUUCGACAAGAUCAUCCUGCGGCUACUGGAGACACCACACGCUCGAGCCAUCGUCAUGUUUGCGAAUGAAGAUGAUAUCAGACGUGUCUUGGAUGCUGCAAAGCGCAACAACCAAACCGGUCACUUCCUGUGGGUGGGAUCGGACAGCUGGGGCUCUAAAAUAUCUCCUGUCGUCCAGCAGGAAAGCGUGGCGGAAGGUGCUAUUACCAUCCUUCCAAAAAGAGCAUCCAUAGAAGCCUUUGACAGAUACUUCAAAAGCCGCUCCUUGUCCAACAAUCGACGGAACGUUUGGUUUGCAGAGUUCUGGGAGGAGAACUUCGGAUGCAAGUUAGGGAUGCACGGCAAGCGUCCCGGCAGCCCCAAGAAAUGCACUGGGUUGGAGAAGGUCGGCAGGGAUUCCACUUAUGAGCAAGAGGGAAAGGUGCAGUUUGUGAUGGAUGCGGUGUACGCCAUGGCCCACGCGCUGCACCGCAUGCAUCGGGACCUCUGCUCGGGAUAUCCAGGACUAUGUCCACGCAUGAGCAACAUAGAUGGCAAGGAGCUGCUGGGAUACAUCAGAAACGUCAGCUUUAAUGGAAGUGCCAAGACCCUAGUUGUGUUUAAUGAAAACGGAGAUGCCCCUGGACGCUACGACAUCUACCAAUAUCAGAUAACAAACGGGUCGGCUGAGUACAGAAUCAUCGGCCACUGGACAGAUCAGCUGCAUUUAAAUAUGAAUGCCAUGCAGUGGGCGAGCAGAGACUCAUCCAUGCCGGCGUCUGUAUGCAGCCUGCCCUGUCAGACCGGCGAGCGGAAGAAGGUUGUGAAGGGGGUGCCGUGCUGCUGGCACUGCGAGCGCUGCGAGGGCUACCAUUACCAGGCCAGUGAGUUCACAUGCCAGCUUUGCCCAUAUGAGCAACGGCCAGAUCAGAAUCGCACCAGCUGCCAGCCAAUCCCCAUCAUUAAGCUGGAGUGGCACUCGCCGUGGGCUGUAGUACCCGUCUUCAUCGCCAUCCUGGGAAUUCUUGCCACGACCUUUGUGGUGGUGACAUUCGUGCGUUACAACGAUACGCCAAUCGUACGGGCCUCUGGCAGGGAAAUGAGUUAUGUGCUGCUAACGGGAAUUUUCCUAUGCUAUGUCACCACGUUCCCCAUGAUAGCGGAGCCCGGAGUGGCCGUCUGCUCCUUCCGCAGGAUCUUCCUGGGUCUGGGUAUGUGUUUCAGCUACGCUGCCUUGCUCACCAAGACCAACCGCAUCCAUCGGAUCUUUGAGCAGGGCAAGCAGUCGGUUGCGGCACCGCGGUUCAUUAGCCCCGCCUCCCAGCUAGUCAUCACCUUCAGCCUGAUCUCAGUUCAGUUAAUGGGCGUGUUUGUGUGGUUUGUGGCCGACCCGCCGCACACUGUUGUGGAUUACGGCGAGCAGCGUACGCAGGACCCCGAGAAUGCCCGCGGGGUGCUCAAGUGUGACAUCUCGGACCUGUCACUCAUCUGCUCGCUGGGCUAUAGCAUCCUUUUGAUGGUCACGUGCACUGUUUACGCAAUCAAGACCAGGGGAGUGCCGGAGACCUUCAAUGAGGCCAAGCCCAUUGGAUUUACCAUGUACACCACCUGUAUCAUCUGGCUCGCCUUCAUACCCAUCUUCUUUGGGACUGCACAAUCUGCAGAGCGGAUGUACAUUCAGACGACCACGCUGACUGUCUCUCUGAGCCUGAGUGCAUCCGUGUCUCUGGGGAUGCUCUACAUGCCCAAAGUCUACAUCAUUAUCCUACACCCAGAACAGAACGUGCCCAAACGCAAGCGCAGCUUCAAGGCCAUCGUCACCGCUGCCACCAUGACAAACAAGCUCAGCCAGCUGGCUAGUGAACGGCCCAAUGGAGAGGUGAAAACUGAGCUAUGUGAGAGUGUGGACAAUAGUACACCUUCCACAAAAACAACCUACGUCAGCUACACCAAUCAUGCCAUAUGAGUGCACAUCCUGAAAAUGGUUUGGCAUGGAUCUGGCUGGCUCCGACAAAACAGGAUCCAAUGACUGAAAUCCAAGCAUGAGACAUCAGUGUUGUUUGUGGACAAGAGGAUGGACUCUUGGACAUUUUUCCUGGAUAUUUUAUAAGAAAGCCUAGGCGGCCAUCCAAAAAAAUAAUAAAAAAAGGAGACAAAAGCUGCCAUUUACAUGGGCAGCCAAUAAAAUGGGACACUGAAAAAGGGUACGAAAAAAAAAUAAGUUUAAAGAAACAGAACAAAUAUUGGAGUCGACCAUGUUAUAUGUUAUUCUAAUUGUAAGUAUUUUGUGGUUGUGAAAAUUUUUCAUUCUUGUCCCAAAGUGUCAGACCUGCAUUGGAAAAUGCGUUUGUCUCUUGUAUUGGCUAUUCUGGUCUAUAACCUCGGGUUGUGAGUGUGCAAAUGCCAUGGUUGAAGCAUGCCAAUUCAAUUUUUUAUACAAAUAAUUUAUUUAUAAUAAAGGAAUGUUUUUGAAAUGUG